UUACCAUGUCAGCUGGCGAGGCGAGAGCAUGCUGGCCAAGAUCCUGUUCCUUCUCGCCUCGGUAGCGCCCUUCCUCGUGCUCCUGCAGGGUUCCUGGGCCCGCGAGAAGGCCUUUAACAUCUUCCGAUAUCCUCCUAAUAAUCUGGAUAGGAAAUAUGGCCGGGUUUCCGAGCACGAGAGGAGAGAGUUGGCCAAUGCUACGAGGGCCAUGUUCUACUUCGGCUACGAGAACUACAUGAAGCACGCAUACCCUAAGGACGAGCUCAAUCCCAUCUACUGCAGCGGGAGAGGGCCCGACUGGGAGAAUCCGUCCAACAUCAACAUAAACGACAUCCUAGGCGAUUAUUCUCUGACCCUGAUUGACGCCCUAGACACACUCGCAAUUCUCGGAGAUGCAGUUGAAUUCCGGAGAGCCGUGCAGCUGGUCAUUGAGAACGUCACCUUCGACAAGAAUUCAACGGUGCAAGUCUUCGAGGCCAAUAUUAGGCUACUGGGAGCCUUACUGUCAGCCCACCUCCUCAUCCUUGACAAGAGCAAGCCCUUUGGAGACCUGGAGCCGGAGUGGUACGAUGGCGAACUCCUUGAGAUGGCCUCAGACCUUGCCUCGAGACUGCUUCCGGCCUUUGACAAUUCCAAAACAGGCCUCCCCCACCCUAGGGUGAACUUGCGCGAUGGUGUACCCAAGGGUAGUCGGACGGACACAUGCACAGCAGGAGCAGGAACUCUCUUAGUAGAAUUUGGAGUUCUUAGUCGCCUCAUUGGAGACCCAGUGUAUGAGAUGUCAGCCCGGCGAGCCAACAAAGUGCUGUGGAACCUGCGGAAUGCAAAUACUGGGCUCUUCGGCAAUGUGGUGGAUGUGGACACGGGCAAGUGGAUGGGGGAGCUGAGUGGAGUGGGGGCUGGGCUGGACAGCUUCUACGAGUACCUUCUCAAAGCUUUCAUUCUUUUUGGGGAGGAAGAUGAUUAUUCAAUGUUCAAUGAGACCUACACACUCGUCAAGCAGUAUAUGAGGCGAGGUCGGCCACAUUGUAAUUCUGGGUUUGGCGAGCAUCCUCUGUAUGUGAAUGUUGACAUGAAGAAUGGAGGAACACAAACUACUUGGAUAGAUUCACUUCAGGCAGCAUUUGCUGGAGUGCAGGUUUUAGCCGGAGACAUGGAAGAGGCCAUUUGCACACAUGCCCUGUACUACACAAUAUGGAAGAAGUAUGGGGUUCUGCCGGAGAGGUUCAACUGGCAACGCAUUUCUCCGGAUGUGAUGUUUUACCCUUUGAGACCAGAGUUUGUGGAGUCAACGUAUCUCCUAUAUCAGGCCACACGCAACCCCUUCUACCUACACGUGGGCAGAGAUAUCCUGACUUCACUGAAUAACCUGACGCGGGCGGAGUGUGGCUAUGCAACCGUCCACUCAGUGCUUGACAUGACACUUGAGGAUCGCAUGGAGUCCUUCUUCCUCUCAGAGACUUGCAAAUACUUGUACCUUCUCUUCGACAUAGACAACCCAGUGAACUUGAAGUCUCAUCAGUACAUGUUCACAACCGAGGGCCACAUCUUGCCCCUGGGACCCUGGCUGCGUAAGAAGAGAUGGGACGUUGACCUCUUCCAAAAUGCCGAGACUGUGAUACAAGUCAAUGCUUCUCAUGCUUCUUGUGCAGCAAUAGAUAAGGAAAGAAUUUAUGGCCUACCAUUAAGAAGUCACUAUCUGGAGCAGAUCUCAGGAACACUUGGAGUUGAGUUAUGAUAAAGGAUCAUUUUAGCAUUGGAAGGCUGCCACAAAAGCCUAAAGAUAUUAUAAUAUAGUGAGUUUAGUGCUGGAAGGAAACAGAGGCUUUUGGGCAAGUGAAUGCCGUUGAAGUAACACCAUAUAAUCUUAUCCAGGUCUUUUCUGUAGGUAUGCCUGUAAUCAAAAUGUUUGUUUAAGGGUUUUACACCAACUCUGUCUCCUAAGCUUUUUAUACAUGCAUUAGGGUUUGUGUGUUACGUUGGCAGGAAAUUUUCCAUGGUUGUACAGCAUAACACUUUUCCUUUUGAAGUUGAUUUUCAGAUCAUUCUCUUUUUUGCCAUUCAAGUUGGGGACCUUUUUGAAAAUCUUCACACAUUCACAUCUUCUGUGAAACUUUUGAAACAUUGCAACACGUUUCCUUUUUGUCAUGAUUACGUUAUUACUGUUGGUUGUGGCUCAUGUUUAAUCUGUCAUAAUUUUUACACCAUACACAGGCAAUAUCUCGCUAAGUGCCUAAAGUAAAUAGGUCAGUAAACUUAAGUAACAUUUAUUUUCCUACCUGUACAAGAGAAAGUCAGGUAGAAUAUCAUAAAAAUACAUUAGUCACUCAUCAUUCCAGUAUCUUUUAAGAAACCAUUGUAGCCUUUUUUUUACUUGUUAAUAAUAAUAAUAUAUCAUAUGCAAACCUUCGAUGUAAUGUAAAAUGUUUAAAAUAUUUUAAGAGAGGAGAUGGAAAUUUGGUACGAGUUGUUUGCGUAAAUUAUGGGCGGAAAGUUGGGUAUUUUAUAUGGAUAUUGAUUAAAAAUUACAUAUUUUAUCCUUUGCUCUUCUUGGGUUAUAUGAUAAGGUCUUGAAGAUAAGAAAUGAAGUUUGAAAAUGGUAAGAAUGGUUUAUGUUGUAAGAAAUAAUGGUUAGCAAGUGUCCAAAGUUCCUUACUUCAUUGUAUCUUAUUCUUUCUUUUAGCACACUGUUAUUAUGUGUUAUAAGUCCAUUUGCCUGUGCCUGAUUGUACAUGUAUGCACGUGGCAAUACGGUUACUUUUUCUCUUGCCAUUAUUUCUUCUUUAUUUCAAGUUCAUUCCACCGGAGUAAUGUUAACUGAUCUAGUCGGUUGACCUUUCAAAAGCAUAGAAGUGAUGGAACUGUCAUGGAAAUUCAUAUCAUUGCAGUCAGCCUUCCUGUUCUUAGCAUUAGCACCUAGUAACUGAUUUUUGUUUUCAAUCAUUCCAGGAUUUCUAAUGACUGUUUAAUGAGAUCAGCUAAGGUUUCGUGCGUGCAAAGGUUUGUUUAGUUUGAUUUUGAACAAAGGUAAAUGCAUAUACCAACCAUUUAUUUCCAGCAAAUGGAUCAAUGACAUGAAAGUGGUCAUAAAAGAAAAAGAAAAAAUAUCAUUGCUGUCUUAAAGUCAUUACUUUUCCUGCUUUUUCCUUCUUGCUUUCUUACUUACCAACUCGUUAUAUAUAUAUAUUUUUUUUAUAUAAGGUAUAUAGCAGCUUUCAUUAUAAGUCACAUGGAGAUUAACAGAACUGGAGAGAGAAUUGUUUGUUUGUAUGUUUUGAAAACUCUGAAAAAAUUAGAAGAAAGAAAGAAAAAAAAGAUAUGAGAUUGCUUUGUGUUUGAUUACAGUUUGUUUGUUUGUUUUUUGUGUGUUAAAUUAUGUAGUCCCAUCACAUUGUAUGUCAUUUUUUUACAAUCCAAACAUCAGGUUUUGCUCAACAUUUGAUACUUCCAAUGAAAUUCCCUCACAUCUCACCAUUAAGAAGUAGGAAUUUUUAUAGUCAUUUUAAAUCAUCAAAUUAAAUGUCAUCCAUAACAUAUUUAUUAACUGUAUAUUCACUCAUUGAAAAUACCUUUUUGUAUAACUUAAAAAAAAAAAAAAAUGUUCUCUAGGUUUAUUCACCAGUAAAAGUAGCUAUCACUUUUCUAGACUUAAAAGAUAUUUUAGAAAGACUAGUCUCAGAUAUGCAUUCCAUAGUCAUCCAAGCAAAUGUGGCCCUCAUAAACUACUUCACAAGGAAAAGAAAUAUUAGUGAUUAGUUGAUAAUAUUUAUAAAAUCUGUAAAUUAGGCUAAAAUAAUGUUAGAUUUGCAAAGAAGGAUUAUUAUUUGUUGAUAUUCAUAUUUUUUGAAGUUUUAUCAUGAUGUUGAUAUUUUUAUUAUUAUUGUUAUUAUUAUUAUUAUUAUUAUUAUUAUUAUUAUUAAAAUCAUCAGCAGCAUUCUUACUAAUAAUGUUAUUAUCAUUAUCAUCACUGUUAUUAUCAUUAUUAUCGUGAUCAUCAUCAUCAUCAUUACUACUACCUGUGGUUGUUUAAUGGAGAGUGUUUUCAUAAUAUUCUUCUGUACCGUAAAAAGAAAAGGUUACUUAAUGUUUAUUUCAAGAGAAAUAAAUGCCUCGACUAAUUGGGAAAAUUUUCAUAUGAAGUUUUAAGUAGCUUUUGAAAGAAAUGGAUUUAGUGUUGAAACCUAUGUUAAAGCAAUAUUUUAUUUGAUGUUCUAAAUAUAUAAACCUAAAAUUUUUAAAUUUAUGUAUCAGAAAAUGAAUGAAGGUUGAUUUAUAUUUUUCAAAAGAUUAUUUAUUUACAACUCCAUACUGACAUAGUUUGUGUUGUCACAAAACUGCAUUGUUUCACAAUCCUAAUUUCAUUAUCUUACUGUAAAUUUUUAUAUAUUUGAGGUAAGACCAUAUUUUCCUUUCUCUUAGUUUCAUAUUGUCCUGACUUUUGUUUCUGUAGCUUGUUGUGCAUCCGUUCAGAGGUUUAUUAGAUUUGAUUUAUACCAUUUAAAAGGUUUUGUUGUGUCAUAUACAAUAUAUAUGAUAAAGUAUGUUUCAAGAGAUUGCACUGUCAUUGGGAUGAGUGUCCUUACUUUUGUUUAUGUCACUGCAGAGAAUAGUGAUAUAUUUCGAGUUAAGUGAGUAAAAAAAAUCAUACACAGGCAUAUAUGCUCAAAUUCUUACUAAUAUUAAAACAAACAAAAACACACACACACGCACGUACAAGUGCGUGCACGUAUGUACGUGUGUUAUGCAUCUCAGUCUUGUUGAUUGUGAUACAGUCUUGCAUAUAUGAUUGCAUGCACUGAUAAUCAGAACUUUAUUUCUUCAAUGAUAUUGGUAUAAGAAUUAAGUAUAGAAAAAGUGUAAGGUUUUUUACUUUAUUUAUUAUAAAUACUAUUGAGAAAAAAUAGAAGUUAAGCAAAUGUCACUGUGAAUAACAUUGAAAAGUGCCUUUAACUUUUUCCAACAUUUGAUAACAUAGAAAUGGCAAUAUUUUUAUGUAGCUUUUAUGUAAUUAAAUAUUUACUUAUCACAUUAACAAGUUACUAUUGUUUAUUUUUGUUGUUGAGUAUUGAAGUCUUUGCUUACUUACUUACUUACUUUGGUAUGUAAAUAAGUAAUUAUUCAAUUUUAAAAAUAUUUUUUUUGUGUGAAAAUGCAGAUAUAUGUUUUCUUUGUUUGAUUAUAUGAUAAAAGAAAGCUUGCACCACACUGACAGAAAGUUAUCAGUUAUUUUUGCUUAUUUGUAAGUGUUUUGAUUCAGUUCACAAUAUGUAAAUAUCAUUUCCAGCAAUUCCGUGGCAAACAUAGCCAUUCUCUGUAAGUUAUGGAAAGACUAAUCUAAUAUCUAAGUUACUUAAUAAAUACAUUCUGUGAUAGGAAAUAUUCUUCUAGAGAGAAAUAAGAGCAUCAACAACUGACACAGUAAUUAUUUUUAGAUGCAAAAAUAAAGAUGCAAUCAAUUUCUUCAUGAUGUUAAUUUGUUUAUGCAUAAUGAUUGAAAAUAGCUAGAGAGAAUUUUCAUAAAUACUAAUCAUUAUGGAAGAAAUGUAAAUAUAAAAUGAAAACUUGAAUACAGAACUUAGAAAAAUCAAUAUACAUAGUACCAUUUUUUUUGUGCAUAAACUUGAAAGCCUUCACAGAACUGCAGUUAAGUAAAGAAUGUACCUUUUUGAUAAUAUGAAAGAAUGAUUAUACAUUCCUGUUCAAUACAGAAUUACUACAUAUGCAAUAAAAUGUAUAUUGCUCACCAUUUUCAUAUAAAGAUCUGCAAAUUCAAAAGUAGUUUACUCAAAAUGGUAUUGUGAAAAUAUACCAUGGAUUCUUGUGCAAUAAUUUCCAAAGAUAAAAUAACUGGUAAUGUGGUGCCAAGUAUAUUUACUAAAAGUCUAAAGCUAGUUAUUUCAAAAAAUAUAUAUAGAUGACCUCGAGAUAUUCAUGAUAAUCAUUGCAGUGUACCUUUGUGCAGAUGUCUGUAUAAGAGAGUGCUUGAUAAAUAAAAGUUUACUUUUAUAUUACGAAA